CCUCGCUCGAGAGGAAACGUGCUGCCGGUGCUCGGCGACUGGGGUGGAGGUUUACUGCAGCUGUCUCGUCUGGCCGACUCAAAUAUUCGUUAACAAGGAGCAAUAACCGUCUGUCUUUAGGCUAGUCCGACGGUUUGCCAUAUAUGGACCUGAUCGAUACAACAACAAUCAUCAUGGCAACAGUCGAUGAAAACAUCACCUUACACACCAAUGUGACAACGCCUAUGUAUCCAGCAGAAUAUUACAGGUUAAGAGAAAUAGUUGACUUUCUUAACACAUACUACAUUUGGAUUAUAUUUGCGUUUGGAUUUCCCGGAAAUACGUUAAGUUUGCUUGUCAUCAAUAGAAUGUCGAAGACAGGUUUGACAACGUCGUUAUUUUACGCAGCCGUGCUGUCUUCUGUCGACAACAUCACCAUCAUCUUAAAGAUCAUAGAAAACCAGACCAGACAGAUGAAAAUGGCGAUCGAUGAAACCGGAUGUCAGUUUUUGUUUUUCUUUGGUCUGACAUGCGCAGCAUCAGCCAACUGGAUUCUGAUGGUAAUAUCAGCAGAACGUUUUACGGCGGUUGUGUUCCCGUUGAAGGUGGUGUUGGUGUGGUCGUUGAAGCGGGCAGUUGUCAUCAUAGUCGGCGUCGUCGCGUUCCUCUGCUUCAUCCACAGCCACAUCUUCAUCACCGUCACUCAUUACAAAUAUUACACGUGUACAGUCAAAGAACAGUUCCACAAAUACCUCACGAUCUGGUUCUUCAUUAGUGCCUCCGUUUUCGCCUUGAUUCCUGCUGGGGUCUUAUUUGUAUUGAACACAGUCACUGUUCUGAUCAUGCGCAAAUCCACAACAAAACGUAAAGUAAUGACGUCGGCAUAUGGCCAAGUUCAUCGCACCGUUCGACGUCAGGAACGACAUAUGACCGUCAUGCUCGUCGCUCUGGCCAUCGGCUUCCUAGUCCUCAACAUACCACGCUGCGUGUACGUCAUCACCUUCAACUACGUCUGUGUGGGAGACGAUGACGUUAUGUGUAAUACCAGAAAAUUGUUUUUCGACGUUUUGACGACACAAAUCGCGGACUCGAACCAUGCCGUCAAUUUCUACCUCUACUUAAUGGCGGGGAGGAAGUUUCGAGAUCAUUGCAUGAAGGUAUUACGAUGCCGAAGACCAACAUUCUUGCGAAUUCCCUCCCAGUCGUCCGAACUCCCCUUCACGGAGUCAAGCUAAUGUUGUCAUGGGGUAUCUUUCACAAAUUCGUUGUUAUAUUUAUAUCAUUGCAACUUGACUACGAUUCCCUACCCCUAUUCUAAGUUAAUUCUCUGAGCCUUGCGAAUCUACAAGUUGCUCAAUGUCAUGUAUCAACGUCAAACGUCAAUAAAAGCAUCUAUGAAAUAAU